CUACCUGCCUCACAUUGAGAAAUCUAUUUAGGCUGCAACAGUUACAGUAAUUGACCCAAUGGACAUUGAACUCGUCCAAUAUUGGCUUUUGGCAUUUCCAGUUUAUAAAGGACACGCGCAGGGACCAUGGAGAUAAACGCUGUAAAUGCUCUAACAUACGAGGAUUUUGUGAAACUAUUUGGUAACGUGGUUGAGAAAUGCCCCCUCAUUCCGGCUGCAAUAUGGUCCUAUCGGCCAUUCAAAGAUCUAGCGGACAUCGAGGCUCACAUGAGGGAAUUCAUUCACGGUCUACCAGACUCAGGUAAAGAGGGCGUGUUGCGGUGUCACCCUGAUUUGGCGGGUCGGGACCUCCAGAGCGGGACGCUAACACGCGAGUCUCAAGAGGAGCAGAGUCGAGCCGGAAUGACCACACUGGACUCCGCAGAGAGUCUGCACAUGUCUAGUCUAAACACAGAGUACAAGGAGCGCUUUGGCUUCCCUUUUGUCAUCUGUGCCCGUCUCAACAGCAAAGCAGACAUCGUGCGCCAGAUGUCUGAACGCCUGAACAACGACAGUGCGACGGAGCGAGAGCGCGCGAUCGAAGAGGUUACUAAAAUCUGUAGUCUCAGGUUACGCAAUAUUGUCCUAUCAGACAUUCAAACCAAACUGUAAGUCAAGCUACCAUUGCAAAAACUGUUCACUGCAUGUGUCUACUUAAUUGUAUUUCUUUAAGUAACAGACAUAAAAAAUAAGCAGGCUUUAUAGGCAAUGUGAAUUAAUCCAUAUGAAGUAGCAUUGUUCUAAAAACGUUAACCCCGUCAAUUAUGAAAAUAUUAUUUGUCAAUGGCUUCUGAAUGUUUUAUGACGUCCAGGUUUUAAAUGUAAAAAAAAUAAAAAAAAUAAAAAACAUUUAUGUGAAUGUUAUAAUUAAGACAGGGGCGUUGCUACAGAGGAAAUGAGGUGCAUAUAGGGCCCAUAUGAUGAGAUGGGCCCACAGAACAAUGUCCUCUGACAGAUUAACUUUGAAUGAUGUCCUUGACAAAGCUAUUUUGAAGGAAUUCCUGAAUAUGCCACAUGUUUUUGGCGCCUCUAAUGCAGCAAGUUUAUUGUGAUGCUCUGUAAAUCUAUAAUAAAAUGGAGUGAUAAAAAAUGA